AUGCCCGGAGCCGCUGCGCUUGCGCCCACGCUCGCGUCGGCGUCGGCGAGCAGCUCCGUGUCCACGUCCGCGGCCGCGGCCUCCUCCACGCUGGUUCCGAAUCCGACAAGCCGAGGCGACCCGCUUUUAACUAGCAGGUCGUGCCGCAAUGCUACUCCACUUGUUCCCGUUGCGGCAACCCGUCGUCACGUGCGCGUGAGCGGCUGCCGCGGCGCGCCUCUAGUCGCCAGUCCCCACCACGCUCGAAACCCUCGCCUCCGAUUCGCGUCUUCGGCAGCGGCGGCGACGGAGGGGAUGGCUGCGGAGGCGAGCACGGCGGAUGCGGCGUCGGCAGCCGAGGCGAAGCCCUUCGCUGUCCUCUUCGUGUGCCUCGGAAAUAUUUGCCGGAGUCCUGCGGCUGAAGCUGUGUUCCGGACCCUCGUAAACAAGCGUGGGCUUGACUCCAAGUUUCUCAUAGACUCUGCUGGUACCAUUGGGUAUCAUGAGGGUAAUAAGGCAGACUCAAGGAUGAGAGCAGCUUCAAAGAAGCGGGGGAUUGAGGUCACCUCAAUAUCCAGGCCUAUCAGACCCUCAGAUUUUCGUGAUUUUGAUCUUAUCCUUGCAAUGGACAGGCAGAACUAUGAAGAUAUAUUGAACUCGUUUGAGAGAUGGAGACGCAAGGAGCCCCUCCCUGAGAAUGCACCCAAUAAGGUUAAGCUGAUGUGCUCCUACUGCAAACGACAUACUGAGUAUGAAGUCCCAGAUCCUUAUUAUGGAGGCCCUCAGGGAUUUGAAAAGGCUAGUAGCAUGAUGUACUUGUUAGUUGUUAGCACAAAGUUUGCAAUCAUGUUCUCGAUCUUAUUAGUUGAGAUUUUAUCCCAGUGA